GCGUAACAAUUCCGCGCUAAUCGAAUUCAAUCGAGACUCUCGAAAACUGUUACAGUCGUUCGACUCAAUUAACGGGUCUCUUCUAGCGGUCGGUAAAUGACGGAGCUCCUCUAUUAUUCGCCGCGAACAUUCAGAGGCGCGAUGCCGUAGCUACGAUUCGCCACUUCAUCGUCGCCUGCACGGCCGAGAGAUGAGAGACGGCGAUAUUUCGAUCUCCGUGUGGAGGACGCGGAAGUCGGGAUAUCAAUCGGGACUGUAAAGAAAAUAAAAUGAAACCGGCGUAGAGUUACGUGUACGUCGUCGUCUUAUAAUUUUUGGUAGAAAAUUUCGCAAGCUCGAAUCGCCGACACGUUCGGCAUCUCUCGGGUCAAAUGUCUUAGCUUUUCGUUUUACCACCGCAAGAGAUGCCGGGUACUAGAUUUCUUUCUGGUACAGCAUAUAGAGAGAUACGCAACGUAUACAGCUGCGUGCGUAUGUAUAUGGUCGUAAACGUUUUAUUCUCCUCUAUCUAUUUCUCUAUCUCAAACAGAUCCGCGUAAGUCGGCGUUUAUACCUCCGUUGUAUACGGAGGUAUACUUUAUACCCACACCUAAAUGCCACCUUCGCAAUCUUCCAGCUCUUUCAGCGGCGUCGGAGGCAAAAGUCGAGUUCGGUGGCGGGACUCGGUAGCGUCGCAUGUCCAUAUGGGUAUUUUCCCUACCCGGUUUCUCGUUCCUCACCGGCUAACCUACGAUAUUCCCUCUUUCUCCGUCGCUCCGCGGCGUUCCUCGUUUUCCAUCCAUUGCCCCGAAGUGCCUGCGACGAACGCUCAACGGCGUACGUCGGACGGUGAAUGCGAAGGUAUAGUGGGUGGGCAGUCUCACCGAGCGCCGACGACGACGGUCGCGGCAGCGCGCGGCGGAGUUAACUCUUAGCCUGGCGCCGUGCCGUCGCUGCCCCCUUCGCCCUUCACCCGCCCCCCGACGUCGCCCCUCGACGCGAUCCGCCCGACCCACGGGAGGGAGAGAGAGGACAUUACGGAGGGAAUAUACGGAACGAGAGGGAACUCCUCGACCGCGCAGAGAUUUCCAGGCCUAGGACUACGACCGCGUGUACAAUGCCCGUACCGCGUCCCCCCACCCUUCGAUCGUUCCUUUCACCCCUUAACUUCGACAACCCCCACCCCUCCGACACCCUCGACCGAGAGACGGACGACGAGCGUUGCCGAUACCGAGAGCGAAUCGCUGGCUCCCUGUCGCGGCCGCUCCUCUUCGACUCCGUCUGCCGAACUCCUCCGCUUACGCGAACACGUCGGUGGGAGUGCAACGAGGCACCAACGCACACCGAUAAUAUCCGAGGCUCUGCAGGCCCUCCUCGAGUCUUCGGUCGACCGUCGUCCGAUAGCUCAACGCGCCGAACGCGCCGACGAACAAAAUUCAGUCUGUUGCCGUACGCACGUCGACGCACAUCGGCGACGACAGGAUCUCCCUCUCGAAGUAACGCGCGCUCCACGUUUCACGUUUGAAGUAAUAAAUUUAAAGAGGCGUGUUCGAUUUUUCGUGAAAGUGAAUUUCGACGAACAUCGAACGAAUGCUACUGCGUUAAUUCGGGCGCACGAACGAACUCAAGAUUCAAUUAACUCGUCGCGAAUAUAUCGUCGACGAAAGAUAUUCGUAAAUAAAGCGGUACACGCAGCGCAGUUGUGCAUGUGAAACUUAUGUCGUUGUUGGUGUGGUUUUAUUUUAACAUGUUUUAAAAAAAUAAGAAAGAAAAAAAAAAGGACGAACUAUAAAAGGAUUCGUUUGAUAGAAAGUGACUCUGAUCUGGUGGUGACCGCAACUACUCAUUUUUGGAUUAUAAAUACAAUUAGUGUGGAUUAUACGACGUUCUCAUUUAUACCGCGUUGUGGUAUAAAACAUUAUAAUUUUUGGAUCAUUUUGUGCGCCGAUGUCAAGAUGAACAACCACGUGGUAGAGACUACUUCCGAGCUUUCCGCUUUCAUGAAAGCUGGCGUGAUGUCCGCAUCGGAAAGAGACGCCGGUUUCUGCAGCGGUGGGGACGAGGAUGACAUGUCCGGAUUGCAUUCGCCGAGUGCCUCCGAGGACAGCGUCGAGGUCCAGGUUACGCCUAUCUCGUUGAGAAACAAACGAAAGCUCGCGGAACCGAGGAAAAUACAGGAGCCCUGCACGGCGCCGCUGAAAAAACGACGAUUCGAACAGGUCGAGGAGGUGGCUUCGCUCGGCGACGACGAAUCCAGACCGGCCGGAUGCGCCUCGCCGAGUCCAUUCCGACCUUGGAGCACCUCGACGACGAAGAAUAUCGAGAGCAAAUCACCGCAGAGCAACGACAACAAGAGCGCGACGAUCCACCUCGACGAGGAAUCGCGGAGGAGGCAGGAGGCCCGUUUCCAGGAAGAAGUCCUCCUCAGACUCAGGGAAUCCGGCACUCCGACUCCGGUCUCGUCCGCCUCACCCUCCGUUCACCAUCGCAGACACGAGACUCUCCAGAGGUUCGAACCUCCGACGAUUCCUCCGCCGCCUCCCGCCGCGACGAUCCUUCCCCAUCCCCGGCUACAGGAGGAACCUCUGGCGCUCGUACUUCGGGGAGAGGUGCCGAGAGUGCCGGCGCAUCCCGGUGUUAACGGUACCUACGAGAGGCAAAAUUUUCCCAUGGAGCACGUCAUCCAGCACGGAGGCGGAGGUUCGGAUCCUCACGGUAGAUCGCAGAGCGGCCAACAGCGUAAUUAUAAGAAUAUGACACGGGAACGUAGGAUAGAGGCGAACGCCAGGGAGAGGACGAGAGUUCACACGAUAAGCGCGGCCUUCGAUACGCUCAGACGAGCCAUUCCUGCCUACUCGCAUAAUCAAAAAUUAUCGAAACUAUCGGUACUGAGGAUCGCCUGCAGCUAUAUUAUGACCUUAAGUAAAAUCGCCAAUACACCGGAAGGCGACGGACCGACGAGCGCCGCUCUCGGUGCCUGCGUAGAUUUGGUAUCCCGCACUAUUCAGACGGAAGGUAAAUUGCGAAAGAAAAAGGACGAGUGAAUUACGGUUCGAACGCCACCUUCGUAAUUAUGUCGGUACGAACUCGUUGACGAAUUCGUCGUGAAUGAUAAUAAUAGUAAUAAUAAUAUUUAUAAUAAUCGUUACUAUUAUUCUUAUAAUUCUAAUAAUUAUAACGAAAUAUUGAGGAAAGAAAUAACAUGAAUAUCGGUUUCGUUUCUUUGCUUUUUGUUUUUUAUAUAAUUACCUGACUUCUAUUCAAUGAUGCUCAAUGCUGUGCUCGCCAAGAUAUGCUUAGGUAUGUAAGUUAGUUGGUAAGACUUGCCAGACACCUUUGACAAUAAAGUUUUAGGGGUAACCGAUCUAGAGAUAACAAAAAAGUAUAUACUUAUAUACACAUAUAUAUAUAUAAUAUAAACGAAAACCGGAGAUACCGGGCGUCACAGGAAAAAUCUAAUCACGAUGAUCGCUCGGUGACAAAAUUCGCGUGCUUAAGUUUUUUGGGUUUGGAUUUUUUUUCCCCUUUUAUUCAAUGACAUUUGCAUCAAAGUUAUCCGUGAUCGAAAUUUCAGUUUUUUUUUCUACUACGUUAAUGGAUCAGCAGCGUUCCGCGACGUCGAUCCUGGGAUGUGAUGAUACAGUAGCGAUGAAUAUUGAAGCGUACGUUUUUACGAGAAAAA